CACUCGUCCCGGAUUUGUUUGGCAACAACGUCGUCUCUUGCGUGUGCUGUCAGUUUGUUUGUCUUGGCAGGGAGACAGACUGUCUGCUUUAUAACUCUGCGCAAAGCAGACACACAUUCUCUUGCUUUUGCAAACACACGACAGCAUGUUGACGGAAUGCCAGACAGUCCUCUGCCUGGCCUUGGCCGCCGUCCUGGGCUCAGCGCUGGGGCUUGGUGAGGACGUGGACCGGCCUCUCUUCGGUCCUCCCGGCUCUCCUAUCCGGCUGAUGCAGUCAGAUCCCGGCUUGAAAAAGGCUCUGCAGUUUGCCGAGGAGCGAUACAAUUUGGGCUCCAACGCCAUGCACCUCCGCAAAGUCAGCAGGCUAAUCUCUGCAACCAAACAGCUGGUUAAGGGGAUCCGGUACACCAUAACAGUGGAGCUGAGUAACACGAAGUGUAAGAAAUCCGCUAUGCUCCGGACUUGUGACUUCUACCCUGAACUACAGAAUCUGAAGACGGAGGUUUGUGUGUUUGAAAUUUGGGACGUACCCUGGCAGGGAGCUUCAACGCUACUUAAACAGAAAUGCCAACCAAAAGCUGGACCAGAAGAAACAUCCGAAGCCGCUUCCCCUAAGCAGCUGCAGGAGGCGUCUGUGGGCCUUUUCAAAAACUUCAUGGUGAAAUACAAUAAGGUCUACAGCACCCAGGAGGAGGCUGACCGCCGUUUGCAGAUCUUCCAUGAGAACCUGAAGAUUGCUGAGAAGAUCCAGUCUUUGGAUCAAGGCUCUGCAGAGUACGGCAUCACCAAGUUCAGUGACCUCACUGAGGAAGAGUUUCGUUCGACAUACCUGAACCCGCUGCUGAGCCAGUGGACACUUCAGCGACCAAUGAAACUGGCUUCUCCUCCUCGAGGCCCCGCCCCCGCCAGCUGGGAUUGGAGGGACCAUGGAGCUGUCAGCACUGUUAAAAACCAGGGUAUGUGUGGAUCUUGCUGGGCAUUUUCUGUUACAGGCAACAUUGAAGGCCAGUGGUUUCUGAAAAAUGGAAAAUUGCUGUCAUUAUCAGAACAAGAACUGGUUGACUGCGACAGGCUGGACCAGGCGUGCAGAGGCGGCUUGCCUUCAAAUGCCUACGAAGCCAUUGAAAAUUUGGGUGGUCUGGAGUCAGAGAGUGACUACUCCUACACUGGCCACAAGCAGUCGUGCGACUUCACCAGCAGAAAGGUUGCUGCCUACAUCAACGGCUCCGUGGAACUGUCCAAAGAUGAGAGUGAAAUUGCAGCCUGGCUGGCUGAGAACGGCCCCAUCUCUGUCGCUCUGAAUGCCUUCGCCAUGCAGUUUUACAGGAAGGGUGUGUCCCACCCUUUUAAGAUAUUUUGUAACCCCUGGAUGAUCGACCAUGCUGUGCUGCUGGUGGGAUAUGGAGACCGUAAUGGAACUCCAUUCUGGGCUAUCAAAAACAGCUGGGGGGAGGAUUAUGGAGAGCAGGGUUACUACUACCUAUACAGGGGAUCCAAUGCAUGUGGAAUCAACAGGAUGGGUUCAUCUGCUGUUGUCAACUAAAUAACACUGCUUUAUCUCCCACACAUACGCAAACACACACACAAACACGUACUAUCAUAGCAUUGUGGCCCACCUUUGAUCCAGACUGCAUGACAAGCUCAUUCAAACACGCCAACCUGUCUUCCUGAUGUUACGUUUAAACCAGACUAGUGUUCCUCUAUUACAAAACAUACCAGCGCUUGUGUUGUUACUAAUGUUGCUGAUUUUAUUGACAUUUGAAUGCAUUUUUAACAAAAAUUGUAUGUGUGCUUUUUUGCUCUUAGAGGUAAAAAAAAAGUUUAGGCAAAACUGUUUUUAAUAAAGUAAUUUUCCCCUCACAUAAUGACCGUGUAUAGUGUGAUGCACUAGUCCCUUGCUGCUGUGCUGUGUAUUUUAUUCUGUUUUGUUACCAUGGUCUGGAAAAAAUGUGAUAGCUUGUAGUUGAGGGUUUCUUUUGUUGGAAGUUGAUAAGAAAUAAAUGAAAGUAGAAUUAAAA